GAGCCUCUCAAUUGAUACCCUUGAUUAUCAAACGUGGAAAAGAGACAUUAUUUUAAUCCACUGCUUAGAACCAGGCAAACCACCAACACAGCGUUCCCAAUCUGCCACCAUGUCUAGGUCCGCGUCAUCUAGUCAGAGGAGCCUCUCUUUGACUGAAGAGCUUGAAAGAUUGGAACAGUCCAUAACCUUAACUCUUCAGGAAAUCGAUAGCAACUUCAGCAAAGCUCACAGGAUAAUUACCACCAGUAUCUUGCCCUUAGUAGAGCAGUAUGGAGAGCAUUCCAAAGCCGUCUGGGAAGCUUCUAUGUUCUGGAAGCAAUUUUUUGAAGCUUCUGCCAACGUGUCUCUGUCAGGCUAUGAAGAGCUUGCAAACGAUGAUGAGCCUUCAACGGCUGUCGAGGAGUCCACCGUGAACGACGACACCAUCAUCACGGCUCCUGAUGAGAAUGCUACUCCACGGCCUCGAAGCUCUAGCUACGAUGAGUCGACGCUCGAGGAGGACAAUGGUGACAUGUCGCUCCUCACCGACGAUGGAGCCGGCGAUCUGUCAGGCAGCACCCCUCGCCCACCAGCCACAAAAACCAUUGUACGACCACCCGCCCAAUCGUCAGCAUCCCAGCCACGUUUCGCAGGCUUGUCCUCACCGUAUGAGGCCAUGAAACGCGAGAUGAUGCGGGAGGCCGAUCAGCCUCAGGGCGGCGAUUAUGAGGAUGAAGAGUCGUCGGCAUUUGACGAGUCCGAGUCAGAGCUCAUCUUCCGCCAAAAGACGGCGCGCCUGCCCGACAUGUCAAUGUCGCCUCAAGCCUUCCUUGCCCGUGUAUCACAGGAUUCGCCAGAGAAAGGGGGCCCUGCCAAAGACCGCCUGCUACAUCGCGUUCUCGAUAAGAACUACCGUCUCCAAGCGACGCCGCACCGUGCCAUGACGCGCGGUACGUCACCGGUGAGAUGGAAGAUUACCGAGAACGAAAAGGCAGGGUCGGGCAGCGGAAAGGGCCCGGAACAGCCUGAGCGCCAGCCGUGGGAAGACAGUCCCAUGUCAAGUCCUGAGAUGGCACCACCGACCCUGCGCAGCGCUGCCUUCAUGUCCCCCGUCCGCGCCGCACAUCGCAUUGGCGGCAAACUUGAGGCUGUCUCGGCGGGACCCAGAACCCCCGGAGUCAGUGUGCAGACACCGCAAAUGGGUCGCAAAACACGAGACGUGUUCCAGACGCAGGCACGCCAGGAACAGAACAAAACCCCGGCCAGGGACGAGAUCACUUGGGAGAGUGAUAGUGAUGACGAGUUGUAUGCAGGGAUGAGCCCACCAAAGACUAUUCAGUUUGCUCUUCCUGCUUCUCGUCUCUUGCAAACACCAGCUCGAGAAGCUAGCAAACGUAUUGUAGAGGACAUACUCCUUACCGCUGGCGCUGCCCCUGACGAGUCCUCCGAGUACAGCCCAACCAUAGUCAAGAUGAACGCCAACAUACUAGACGAUUCUUUUUGAAGGCAAAAGACGAUUAAGACAGCCUCAAUCGGUGGCUCAGUUGGUUGGAGACGUUACCCAGCGGCGCCAGUAAAUCACUCAAAGUGCCAUAAAUCAUUAUCUAGGAGAGUAUGUAUAGAGGGGACAAUCCCCAUUAAAAGCCUUCUGGAAGUUCAUUCACAGUAUUUUCAACCCGGCGAUGUCACCUCGUGUGUGACGCCAAACUCCCUCAAUCAUUGUCUGUGUUGCAAUCCCAACUCCAUAACUGGGUGUGUAGCAGCCGCUACUAAGUACGUUUUCGGCGACGAUAAAGCAAGUUGGUUUAUUGACUUGGAACUUGCGGUCUUACUGCAUGCCCAUGCUGACUAGAGGUUGAUGUUCAUUUGGGAUCGCAAGAUGCUGGCAGAAUCCGUGACCUUCUUGCGGUCUGCACUGUCUUUCUUGCUCUUGGAGGAGUCUUUCUGAUCCUUGUGAGGCUUGGUGAUGCUAGCGGCAGUCGAGGAUGACAUGAUGGAUGCGGAAUCAUCCUUGGUAGUGGCCGCGACGCUCUGGAAAGCUUGGUCUGUUGGACAUGUUGAUGGACUUAGUGUAUAUCUGAUUGGUGUAAGGAUAGGAGGUGGAAUUGUUCAGAGAACAGUGAUAGUGUGAUUGGGUUAGUUUGAUGUGUUGUUUGGUAUGGAUGUUUAGAUGCUGAUGCUUUGAUGAUUUCUGGAAUCUGAGAUAACAUCCUAAGACUGCCGUCUAGUUCUUAUACGUUCUUGAUAUGCCCAUUUCUCUCCCUCCAUCACACGAUACAAAGCCCGGCAAAUACAUUUUUUCCCCAUCGGUGCUUACGAGGGUGGACACGCAUCGAGACAUUGAUUCGCAAGCCUAUCAUUCUGAUAUUGGUGUAUACUCAUAGGGCGUCGACGCCGACAAGGGGGGGUAACAAUGAUUUGAGCUUAGCGUCAAGUACUCC